UGGAUUUUAUGGCUCCGAUGAAGCGAGUGCGUGUUCUGUACAGGAGAUACCGAAACCGGUCAAAAAGUGUUGUGCAUGUAACACUGCUAUCUAUCGUCUUGUUGUUCAGUCUGACUGGCAGCAACAGCAACACUGGAAGGAUUGGCCCGCUGGUGUGUCUACUGACGGUUCAGGCACAUCGCCAUACUUUAGUGAGAUUUUGGGCGCAUCACACAGCCCACUGUACGACGUGUUCCACGAUGGAGGGUAUGCAAGCCCCGCGGUGGACGCAGUUUGCACCACAAGUGAUGUGUCGAAGCUGGAGAACGAGUUUCGAAAUCAGGCGGCAGAGAACAUACUCACAGUGAUUCGUAUGAGAGGCGUGGAGUCACACGCACCACCGGAGCAAAGAAUACGGUCUGCGCUAUUUGCUGUCAACGGGACACAUCACCUCGUAUCAUUUCUUACCCGCCUUGUGCCUAGUCCAGACUGGUGUACUGGCCUGUCUCGAGUUGAUAUUUGUCUGCCUAACUGCUCUUGGCCACUGCAUCUACAAUUUCGGCUGGAACCCUGGGAUGCAGGUGUCAUAGCUGGAGACACUUAUUUGCCCUCGGACCAACCCGAGAGAUUGCGUGAACCAAAGCCAAUGUGUCCAAUCACACCAGAACUACGACCAAACACCCCAUUCACAGUGCUUACUGACUACAUGCCGGUGUCAGCAGGUCUUUCGUCAACUGUAGAAGCGGUUGACCGCCCAUUUGGCCCUACGAACAGGGACGAGCCCGAACUUAUCAGCGCGGGACUGGAUAGCUUUAUAGAUCCUAAAUUGUCACCUAAGCUUCAAGAACAAAUACGACUGAUGCACUCUACAGCGAAUGGAAGGAUUCGAAGGCGUUUCGCAAGGUUGGGGACGGUGUACUUAGAACUUCUCAGAAUAAAUGAGAAUGACGCAUGUAAUCCUGAGCCCCUACAAGAUGAUCAGGGCAUCCAGCGAGGAAUCCCGACUUCAGUCGAAGCAAGUGCAUCUGACCACUGCAAACUCAGCUCAUGGUCAAAAUGGGGACCCUGCAGCACUGUGGAUAUCAACUCUUGUCCGACACCGGAAGCCAAAACCUACUGGUCAAAAAGGUUGCCACGCACUCAGCGUACACGUUUCAUCUUGCCACCUUCGAAAUCCAUUGACUGUGGCGGUGUACCAUUGAGGGAAGAAAAAACGUGUGAUGUGCCAGUGGUGAAAGAGAGUUGCGAUGGAAUUCAAAGUGAUCCAAGCAGGAUGGGGAGAAGACUUUCUUUGGCUGCCUGCCAAAGUGUUCCUUGGGGUCCAUGGUCUGAAUGCAUGAACGUUUCCUGUGGUCGGCCAGGCAUGAUUUAUAGAUGGCGCGAAUUCCCGGAUAUUGACUUCAAGCGAGCUUGCGAAGGAUACCCCUUUGUGAGCCAGGUAGACACUUGUUGGCCACCUCCGAAAGGGAACUGCGACCCUGGUGAACUGAAGAAGGCAUGUUUUGAAGAGCCACCCACUUCACUCCGACUGUGCGUCAGACCCCACAAUGGAACCACCAGAUAUUACUUCCAUCCAUCUGAGAGGCAAUGCAAACCAUUCGACUAUGUUCCUGGAUGUCACCUACGGGCGUUAAUGAGUGGACAUGUGAUUGGACUCACACGGAAUGUGUUCGUGGAUAAGAACAGUUGUGAAGAAAUGUGCAGUGGUGCAAGUUCUGCCGCACCAGACGCUACAAGUGCAGCACGCCAGAUGUUCAGAAGAGCUGCAAAUGCAUGUGCUUUGCCAGUGGACUACGGAACUCACUGCCUCACCCAGUCGCCCCGUCAAAUGUGGCAUUAUGAUGCGGCUGCACAUGUCUGUUUGUCGUUUAUGUUCACUGGAUGCGGAGGAAAUCUGAACGCAUUUCCCAGUCUGCGGGAUUGCAAAGAAACUUGCGAGUGAGUUACAUUCGUUGGGCAGAAUUGAUCAAGCAAAACAAACCAGUUGUGGCACCAAUCCGCUUCCCGAACGCAGCGGACGAUUGAUUUAUUUCAGGCUAGCAGCAACCAAUCCACGACUGGAUGACUAUCGUUUCGAACAUUCCCACACAUGCGAGCCGUGAUACAUGUUAACACAAGUGAAUCACAGCAUGUGAAACAUUGUCCUUUCGAUGUAGCACAUUUUACUUCAGUUUUUCCAUUUUGCAUUCGAAAUGUCCACUCAAAUGGCCUCAUAAUGGUCACUACAAGCUACCAUGUGUUAUAGAAAAAGACUGAGAAGGCAAUGAAACUAUUUAAUUCGAAAGGCCUCCUAACACUGAUGAUUUUACCUAUGUGUCACUCUUUUCAUCAAAUAUGCUUCAACCUGAUAUUCCAUGCGGCUCAUUUGUGAGAACAACAAC